ACGUUUCAAACAGGAAGUGAAACCGGAAACACGUCGACCACCAGGUGUGAGAGGUGUGCAGGUAGUGAUGCUGCAGACACGUGUUGGAUGUUUAGGGGUUAAACCUCCUCCUCCUCUUCCUCCUCCUCUUCCUCCCUUUUUAUGAAUGAGACACACACACAGUGAUGUCAUCAACAAGCCCCUCCCCCACUGCUGCGGGAAAAACCUCACGACCAGAAAGAGAGAGAGAGAGAGGCGUCCUCAUGGUUCCCAUAUGUCUCUCUCCCCCCACCCCCACCCUCCAUCCUCCAUCCUCUCUGACGAUGAGUAAUCCAGGGGGCUGAGGGGGGGUGAUGUAGGGAGGAUACCAACGCAGCAUCAGCAGCAUCAGCAUCAGCAGCAUCAGCAGCAUCAGCAUCAGCAUCAGCAUCAGCAUCAGUGAACGUGCAGAACGAGAGGAUGAAAAUUCAAACCCUCUGAGCUCAGUCUCACCGGAGCUGAAUAAUUCCUGGACUGGCGUACACUGAAAACAUACGGAGAGGGAAAAAUAAGGUUCACGCUUUGCAGCUCCUGGGACUGUCUAAUCGCUGGAGGGAGGAGGGAUAAGGGAGGCAUCGUGGCUCGUUUCACUGGAUGGUACCUGACUAAUUCAUGAAUAGGAGGUUAAUCGUCUCAUCUUUUGGAUUGAUGGGAUGGACUACAUCCUGAACAGCGAGCCUCCUCUUCAAAUAUCCAUCGUAACAAAGCAGCUGCUGAGAGGAUCUGCCACUCCUCCACAUGUGCUGCUUCAGAGGCUGGGAUCUGGCUAAUAUCUGGAAUCAUUGAUCCACAGCAGCACCACACUGCCCCUCAUUACUGGACCACCUUGUGUAGUCCAGCCUCCUCCUGGGACCGGGUUAAUCUCUGGAUCAGCGUGUCUGUUAUGUUCUGCUUCUGCCUGCAGAGUUCCCUGCUGAAGCUCCAGGCGCUGGAGGUGGAGGGGGGCCCCUCGCUGGGUCCGUCCCCAGAGGAGAGCCCCCCUGCCCUGGGCAGCAAGGAGCAGAGGAGCCCCAGCAGCCCGCUGGAGCUCGGAGGGAAGGACGGGAAGACGCUGGCUCUCUGCCACGGCGUCCCCGCCGACGAGAACAGCCCACCUGAGCUGCUGGCGGUCCUGACCAGACCUCCACAGUCCCCGAGACACCAGCCGUUGACCUCCAUCCACCCCGGCCAGCAGCCCCUGACCCCCGACGGAGCUCCGCCCCCCAGCCCUCACCACUCCCCCUACUCCCCCCAGAGGAGCAGCCCUGGAGGAGGAGGAGGAGGAGAGGGAGGAGGAGGAGGUGGAGCUCUCCUCCAGCUCCUGGCUGGAGGCCCCAGUCCUCUGCCCUCCCCCCGCUGCUCCAGCCUCAGCCACAGUCUGAGGUUCAACUCUGACCCCGACACUGCUCCAUCACCGCCCUGCAGCCAGCAGUACAUCCAGUGUCGGGGUCGGGACCGGGCCGAGGGCUCGGAGGACCCGGAGCGUCCCUCGUCCAUCCCGUUCCUCACCAGACAGAUCCAGACCCUGAAGAAGAGGGUCCGCCGCUUUGAGGAUCAGUUUGAGCAGGAGAUGAACUACAAGCCGUCCCAAAACGAUAAAUACUCCAACCCAGAGAUGAUCCGAGUGAUGGGGGAACUGGCGAAGGCUCGCAAACAGCUCAAAGAGAUGAGACUCAGACAGUCGGUGUUUGAAUGUAAGGAGCCCGACGGUCCAGAGAACAGCUGCAGGUACGGCGUCGGCCAGCAGGGGGCGCCGGACCACAAACCCACCCUGGAGGAGACGGUGGAGUCUCUGUUCAGACGGCUGAGAGAGAAGCGACAGGCUCUGGGCCUGCCAGACAACAUGAAGGAGAUGACUCAGGCUCAGAUGGUGUUGGAGAAGAUCACUCUGCAGAAAUGUCUGCUCUACUUUGAGAGUCUGCACGGCCGACCGGGAGCCAAGCAGAAGAACCUGGUGAAGCCUCUGUACGACAGAUACCAGAUGAUCAAACGUUUGCUGUGUGCCAGUCCGACUAUCACCACCAUAGAGGAAGAGGACGGUUCCGAUGAAGACUCGAUGAGCUCCACGACAGUCGAUGAACCUCCCGUCCCGCCUCCUCGCAGAGCCAGCCGACUGGCAGCUGGCGAGGAGGACAGCGACCGGGACAGCGACCCGGCCUUUGUGUCCCCGUUAGAUGAGGUGAAAGGUGUCCAUCAACAACCUGCUCUCACCACGGCCAACCUGCACGAAGCUUCCAGGUCUCAGCUGCUGGCGUGUCUCCGUGAGACGAGGGCAGAGAAGAAGACGAGGCGUAAAGCUCUCCGAGAGUUUGAGGACGAGUUUCACCGUCAGACUGGAAGAAUCUGCCAAAAAGAGGAUCGUAGUCCGAUGAAGGAGGAAUACCAGGAAUAUAAACAGCUCAAGGCUAAACUCCGCCUGCUGGAAGUCCUCCUCAGCAAACAGGAAGUCACCAAAACCCUGUGAGAGGAAACGGAAGCUCCCAAAAACUCUCUAAAUCUUUUCAUGUGAUUAUCUGAGAGCGGAAAAGGUCUUUUAUAUUUUCCAGUUCAGAGGAGAGGAGGUGGUGGGAUGUUACGCUUUUUCCUUUCCGUUAUUUAUGUUUCUUUCAGCGACGUUAGCGUCAUAACUCCAGAGUCCAUGACGUCAGUCAGUCCGUGGUCGUCUGAUAGUCUUUCACUUCAUUAUUCAGCGGUAUUCAGAGGUUUUUAUGAGCCGUUAACUUAACGUUUGAGAUGUCGAUCAAAUAAAUACGUUGAUUUAAAACAAUAGCCCAACAUUUUGGGAAAUCCUCGAGCCUCUAGUUUGGCAUUUUGGCCGUCACCAUCUUGUUUUUUGGCCUGUCCAUCUUGGUUUUUGGUUUUGUCAUCUUGGUUUUUGGCAUUGCAGUCUUGGU